GCGGCGCGCGCCGGCGGCCGUUGGGCCGCGCAGGCACUGUCAAGGACAGUUUUCCGGACGGGGGCCGCGGCUCCAGGCACCCAACAGCACUGACGGCGAAGCCUUCACGGGCGCGCGAUGCCUCGACACGGCGGCCGCCACCAUCACCUCAGCUGCCCUCGCGGGCAGCACGCCGCGGCAAAAGCGCACGUCGCCUAGCGAUGGCGCGGGGCGGGGACACGGGCUGUACCGGCCCGUCGGAGACUUCCGCUUCCGGGGCCGUCGCCAUCGCUUUCCCGGGCUUAGAAGGCCCGCCUGCCGACGCGCAGUACCAGACCUUGGCCCUCACGGUCCCUAAGUCUUGGUCGCCCUCGCCUCGCAGCCUGCCACCCGCGCUCAGCUGCCCGCCUCCUCAGCCAGCCAUGCUGGAGCAUCUGAGCUCGCUGCCCACGCAGAUGGAUUACAAGGGCCAGAAGCUAGCUGAACAGAUGUUUCAGGGAAUUAUUCUUUUUUCUGCAAUAGUUGGAUUUAUCUACGGGUACGUGGCUGAACAGUUCGGAUGGACUGUCUAUAUAGUUAUGGCCGGAUUUGCUUUUUCAUGUUUGCUGACACUUCCUCCAUGGCCCAUCUAUCGCCGGCAUCCUCUCAAGUGGUUACCUGUUCAAGAAUCAAGCACAGACGACAAGAAACCAGGGGAAAGAAAAAUUAAGAGGCAUGCUAAAAAUAAUUGAGGUUUUCAUGAUUCAGCACCUGCUUUUGUUUCUGUGAGAUGAGCUAAAUUGCUUUCAUACCCCAGAUAAGAGCUAAAACCACCUAAUGCUCUUAUGGCACAGUUGUGUAUAGAUUUAGUUCUCUUUAUACUUCAUUUCUAGCCCAGUUGGGUUUUGAUUUAUAUAAGUAGUUUAGACCUUCUCUUCAUAAUCUUGCUCCGAGAUGGGGAACAGAACACACAAGUAUGCAGUUUCUUUCAGGUGUAAAUAAUGAAGAAUAAAUGCCUCAUAAAUGAUAGUACAAUGUAACUGUCAAAGUUUUAUAAUUCAUUAUGAGUUGUUUAACCAUUUUAAUGUUUCCAGUUAAACCUCAUAGUGCAA